CUGUUGCUUUGCUGAUAUUUGAUAUUCAGUGUUAUUAAUGAUAUGAAAGAUUCCUAUAUUAAUACAGCACUGUGUGGUCAGGAGGUACAAUGCAACAGCAGGUGUUCUGUCGUGUAAAAGCUCUGGAGCUUUUUUCCCCUCUGGAGUCUUCUUUGCUUUUCUCUGUUAGAGCGCCUCACAGGUUCCUGAGUGGAGCUGUCUACAGUCUGAGUGGGUAGCAUUUCUGAGCUCAGCUGCUGUGCUACAAACGAUAGAGGGAGGGAGGGAGUGGAGGUCUGCAGCAGGGAAAGCCUGUGUUACCCUGAGACGAAGAGCUUUAUCACAGUGCUACAGAGACGCAAGCCAGGCUGAUGUUCUGCGAUACAUUCUGGCAAUCUCUUUAACCAGUUUGCUUCCAAGAGGAUGGGAAAUGCCAGCAGAACCUGCAAAAGGAUUAUUUACUGUCUAUGGAUUACAUCUCUGCUUUUACUGACUGAAGGAAAAAGACUAUCCAAGCAGUCAAAAUGUCCUAUAGGCUGCAUUUGUACCAAAGAGAAUGCUCUCUGUGAAAAUGCAAAGACAUUUUCACUUACUUUUCCAUCUGAUGUUGUUUCUCUAUCGUUUGUGAAAUCUGGGUCCACAGUAAUCCCAGAAGGCAGCUUUCUACACAUGCCAUCCCUGCAUCUUCUCUUGUUCACUUCAAAUUCAUUUGAAACUAUUGCUGAUGGUGCAUUUCAUGGACUUCCACAGUUGGAAUAUUUAUUUAUUGAGAACAACAAAAUUCAGACCAUCUCAAAGAAUGCUUUCCAAGGAUUAAAGUCAUUGAUUUAUUUGAGCUUGGCAAAUAAUAAUCUUCAGACACUCCCCAAAGGUCUUUUCAAAGGACUGGAUGCACUAACAACAGUUGAUCUCCGAGGGAAUUUGUUACAUUGUGACUGCAAACUGAAAUGGCUGGUAGAAUGGCUGGUUAGCACCAAUGCAACAGUCGAGCACAUUGAAUGUGCAAGUCCACCUCAAUACAAGGGCCGUAAAAUCAAUGACCUAGUCCCGAAAGACUUUGACUGCAUAACCGCAGAAUUUGUUGUCUAUCAAUCCCUCCCAUUUCAAUCAAUUUCAGUGGAAUCUUUCUCAUAUAUGAAUGAUGAAUAUAUAAGUAUUGCUCAACCAUUCACUGGAAAAUGCAGCUUCCUGGAAUGGGAUCAUGUGGAAAUGGUUUUCAGGAAUUAUGACAACAUUACAGGCUCUUCAACUGUUGUCUGCAAGCCAAUUGUUAUUGAUAACCAGCUUUAUGUUGUAGUUGCUCAGCUCUUUGGAGGAUCUCAUAUUUAUAAGAGAGAUAACUUUGCUAAUAAAUUUAUCAAAAUCCAGGACAUCGAGACUCUCAAAAUUCGAAAACCAAAUGAUAUAGAAACAUUCAGAAUUGAUGGUGACUGGUAUUUUGUCAUUGCGGACAGUUCAAAAGCUGGAUUAACAACUAUCUACAAAUGGAAUGGAAUUGGAUUUUACUCCCAUCAAGUGCUUCAUGAGUGGUACAGAGACACCGAUAUAGAAUAUUUUGAAAUAGGAAGCAAACCUCAUCUGAUUCUCUCCAGCAGUUCUCAGCGACCCGUAAUAUAUCAGUGGAACAAAGCUGAUAAGAAGUUUACAAUGCGUACAGAUAUUCCAGAAAUGGAUGAUGUAUAUGCAGCCAAACACUUUUUUGUCAAAGAGGAUGUUUAUAUUUGUUUAACUAGGUUUAUUGGUGACUCUAAAGUAAUGAAAUGGCAAGGCUCCAUGUUUGCUGAAGUGCAAAGAAUGCCAUCACGAGGUUCAAUGGUGUUUCAGCCCCUUCGAAUAAACAGAUGGCAAUAUGCAAUUCUUGGAAGUGACUACUCUUUCACUCAAAUUUAUCGCUGGGAUGGGGAGAAAGCAAAAUUUGCAAAAUUUCAGGAAAUGAACAUCCAAGCACCAAGGGCAUUUACACUAUUUUCUAUUGAUAAAUAUGACUUCCUGUUUGCUUCAAGCUUUAAAGGAACUACACAGAUUUAUAAACAUGUCAUCAUUGACUUAAGUGCGUGACAAAGAAAAGCAGCAAAUGUUAAUCGUUAUCAGAUAACACAAAAGGACAUGGUAAACAAUGAAUUUUUAUGCAUGAUAAUUCAUUUUUAAUAUACUUCCGGGUAAAUGCCUUCAAAAUUAACAUUGCUAGUAAUUUCACUACUAUAGUCUUCAAUUAGAAAUUCUGUCAUUUAGUGGUUUUGGAGAUUAUUUUUUCUAAAGAGGAAUUAAUUAAUAAUUUGCAUCUAUAGGAUGUAAAUAUUCCCACAGACAUAGCUAUUACUACCACGGGAAGCUACUAAAAUGUCUUUGCAUUUAUUUAUUCACUGUUUAAAGAAAAAAAAAACCUGCCAAAUAAAAUGUUUACAUUUUUCUGUCUUUCAAAUUGCAAGUACAGUUAUUUAUAGAAAAAAUUUUUGUAAAUACUUAAUGAGGACCAUGCAAACAUACAUCUGUGUAUAUAAUCAUUUGUUUAAUUAAUAUUUUUUGCAGUGCUAAUUUCUCUUUUCAUGCGCCAGUCUAAAUCAUGAAUGUAAAAUUAACUUAUAUUUGUUACUUGUUUAUAUGGACUGUAACAUGUAUGUUUCAUAAAAAUGAAAUUUCAAAUGGAGCAAAGAAGUUAUGUUAACAGAUUUUCUGUACAUGAUUGCUAGAGCAAACUCAUAUUUCAUGUUACAAAAUAAAAUAAACAUAUAAAUAUAUGAAUUUA